UUGCAAACUUUCCGUAUUAAAUACACAACUUGUAAUUCAGGCUCUUCUUCCACUCCAUCACCAUUAUUAGCGAAAAUCAAGAAAGAUCGAGACUGUCAUUGCGAGAUUUGUGGGAAAACUUUUGGUCGUCAUUGGCUAUUGCAAGGACAUUUGCGUACGCAUACUGGUGAGAAGCCGUUUGUGUGCAGUGUUUGUGGCAAGGCAUUUGCCGACAAGAGCAAUCUUAGAGCGCAUGUACAAACACAUAGCAGUGAGAAACCUCACCUCUGUUCACGCUGUGGAAAACGCUUCGCUCUGAAGUCCUAUCUUAGCAAGCACGAAGAGUAUGAAUAA